AUGAGCAAACACAUCAAGAUUGGCGUCUUCAUCCCCAACGAUGCGCAAUUCCUCGACGUAGCCUGCGUCGACUCGCUCGGCGUCAUGUCCAAGGAAUAUCUUGGGCUUCUCCCCGACUUCCCCGACCACGUUGUCUCUAUUGCCCCCAACGUGUCCAUCUUUUACAUCACAUCGCCCGAGAACGGCACAGACAUCCCCCUCACAUCCGGCGCUACACUAAAAGCCACACACUCCUAUACAGACGAGGAUGUGGCGCCUGGAAAGCUCGACAUUGUCGUUGUUCCUGGCCCGGACCCAUCUGAUGAAUACGCUGAAGCAGGCCUCGCAUGGCUCCGCAAGCAGGCCGCCACACCUGGAGUCGAUAUUAUAUGCAUAUGCACUGGCAUAUUUGUCUGUGCAUCUGCCGGCAUCGUUGACGGCAAAAAGGCCAGCGGUCCGCGCGGCCUGCAGGCCAUGAUUAAAAAGAAAUUUCCUAGCGUUGACUUGGUGGGCGACCGCUACCGGUGGGUGCAGGACGGCAACUUUUGGUCUAGCGGCGGCGUCACCAACGGAAACGAACUCGUCGCUGCGUAUGCUCGCGCGUCGUCGCGCUGGCCGCAGCCUGUCGUCGAGCUGGGCCUCAGCUUGACAGAGGUUGGCGACAAAGGCCAAUUCUACGACAAGCCGGUUAGCCGAAUGUAUCUCGGCAUUGGCUGGAACGUGGUCAAGGCCUGGUUCGUCAGUGUCUUUUCGCGCUGA